AUGAGCUCGCUGCCCACCAUCAAAUGCUCGUCAUGUGCCGUCGACAUUGACAUCCUGCAUCUGGCCGACCAUGUCUGCAAAACCGCCCCCGCGCCCGGUGAGUAUACUGUCCGUCUUCGUCACUCCCCGCCUUCUACAAUCUCUCCCAAAUUCACCCGCGCAGCAACAUUCCAGGGUCCCACAUUCAUUAGUCGCUCCAACCAACCAGCCCCGUCGGGUCGCAUGCCUCCCCCACCGCGUAUCGAUGCCAAUGCAGCGAACAAGCCGUUCCGCCCAUUGGAUCCAUCGCCUAUCAACAACUACAACCACGCUCCCGCUCGCUCGCCAGGACCCGCCCCACCCGUCAAUUCUCCCUUCAAGAUGACCCGUAGUGUGACCACCCCGGCAGCCCACUCAAAGGCCCCUCCGUCGCCAGACUACAAUGCCAACCUGGACUCUGCUUUCCCGCCGUUUCGCUCCACGACCGUGACUCCCAAGAGUGCCAGGUUCCAACCACGAGAACGCCUGGAGCCCCACCCAGAUUACGCCCAACCAAGCCCCUUAUUUGCCCCACUGAGUCCACGCUUUGAUGGUGGAGAGAACAUUGCGAGGCGCAUCAACACCAUCGCACCAGGACCCUUUGACGGCAAGACUGACUCAAGGCCAAGUAGAACAAGCACAUCGAGGCUGGCUGCCGAUGCACCUGCGCCGGGACACCAGAGGAAUCGCACCCAGGGAAGCGUUGCGAGCAUUGCGAGUCUCUCGCAACAGCGGUCGUCUGUCACUUCAAACACAUCGCGCACUUCUGCAAACUCCAACCGCAGCCUUGGCCUCCCCUCUCACCCGAAGCUUGGCGUCCAGCCCCGACCACCACGCCCAUUGACUCCAGACCCCACAGAGGGUAUCGACGCCUUCCUGGACCGCUUGCAGAGGGAAUCCUCACAGACUGCCCGCUCGACAAAGGAAAACACGGCAACGGAACCACUGCGGAAGAACAGCAAAGGGAGAGAGCCCCCGCCACGGCCGAGGAGGCCCUCUGAAAAAGAUUUACCCCCAGCGGAUAUGAUCGAUCUAGACGCGCCAGACUUGAUGCCUCCGCCCGGCUUGUUUCCUUCGCGUGGCUCAAGCCGUAGUGGCUCUGAGAGCGACGUGCCGCGCGGUCUUGCCCCGUCUCGCUCCCUACGUCCUCCGCCUCUGGCUGCCUCUGCCCUUGGUGACGGGCAGUCGACUGGCCUUCAUACGCCUUCCGAUUCUGGCUUUUCGGAUGAUUCCUAUGGCAGCUCCGGUGUCCGAAGCAUAGCCAGUUCGAGGUCAAGCCCGCCGGAAUCGGAAGCUGCACACUCGCGCCAAGCUUCCAAGAUUAGCCGCCCAGAUUAUGCGGCAGACGAGACUAUUAGGACCAGUGCGAGCCCGGAGCCUUAUGCUGAAGAUGGGCGUGCUCGGGCACCCAGGACCUACAUGCGCCCUGACGGUGCAGAGCCGUACCCGCCGCGAUCCCUGUCUCCAAAUCCUCGCCAGCCUACGUUUCCACCCAGUCCAUAUGUCAAUCACCCAGAAUCUCCCAUGGACCCGGCCAUACAGAUGGGCGCACGAACCCCAAUGUCGGCGAGAGGGCCCAUGAGUCGGAAUGCAACGCAAGCCAGUCGAAGCCCGCCCAGGAACAUGGCUGAACCCGAGCCACAGCAGCUAGAUGGACGUCAGCCCAAGGCGGCCAGCAAAGGCAACUGCCGCGGGUGCUCGGAGCCUAUUAUUGGCAAGUCGGUCAAAGACUCGUCGGGUCGCCUUACCGGGCGCUACCACAAGCACUGCUUUGUGUGCCGAGAAUGUGCCGUCCCCUUCCCUACGGCCGAGUUCUACGUGUUUGAGAACGCGCCUUACUGCGAACAACACUACCACAAGCUCAACGGAUCACUAUGCAACGCCUGCCGCCGUGGCAUUGAAGGCCAAUACCUUGAAACAGACAUGCGCCAGAAGUUCCAUCCGAGGUGCUUUGCGUGCAGCACGUGCCGCCUCAUCCUACGCGACGGCUAUUUCGAGGUUGCUGGCCGAAGAUACUGUGAGCGACAUGCCCAAGCCGCCGCCGCUCCACCCAGAAACCAUCUCGGACCAGGAAACUACCGGCCGCGAAACCUUCAGAAACGUGGAACGAGACUGAUGAUGAUGGCGUGAGCUACGUUUUCCUUGCACUUUCCUGUUCAAUCUUCCUUUUCCUUUGUCACGUCACUGCAUGAAUAUCCAGCUUCUUCGUUCCUUGUAGACGUGCGGCGAGUCCGCUUCUGUACCAUAUCUUCUGCCCUAUACCCCUUACUCGAUACAUUCUUUACUUGUUGUAAUCACCUUUUUGUACCAGUAGCAGCCGACGCGCGUGCGGACUCUUUUGUACUUGGUUUGGUGAUGAUUGGAUAUACC